AUGGUAAUGUAUGCGAGGAAACAGCGGAGACUCAGUGAUGGCUGUCACGACCAGGGGGACUCGCAGCCUUACCAGGCACUAAAGUAUUCAUCGAAGAGUCACCCCAGUAGCGGUGAUCACAGACAUGAAAAGAUGCGAGACGCCGCAGAUCCUUCACUCCCAAAUAAAAUGUUGCGGAGAUCUGAUAGUCCUGAAAACAAGUACAGUGACAGCACAGGUCACAAUAAGGCCAAAAAUGUGCAUACUUAUAGAGUUAGAGAGAGGGAAGGUGGGACCAGUUACUCUCCACAAGAAAAGUCACACAACCACAGUGCCCUUCAUAGUUCAAAUUCACACUCUUCUAAUCCAAGCAAUAAUCCAAGCAAGACUUCAGAUGCACCUUAUGAUUCUGCAGAUGACUGGUCUGAGCACAUUAGCUCUUCUGGGAAAAAAUAUUACUACAAUUGCCAAACAGAAGUUUCACAGUGGAAAAAACCAAAAGAGUGCCUUGAAAGAGAACAGAGACAAAAAGAAGCAAAUAAAGUGGCAGUUAAUAGCUUCCCAAAAGAUAGGGAUUACAGAAGAGAGGUGAUGCAAGCAACAGCUGCUAGUGGGUUUGCCAGUGGAAAAUCUACAGCAGGAGACAAAUCAGUAUCACAUUCUUGCACAACUCCUUCUGCGUCUUCUGCCUCUGGACUGAAUCUCACAUCUGCACCUCCAAUAUCUGCUUCUGCAGUCCCUGUUUCUCCUGUCCCACAGUCACCAAUACCUCCACUACUUCAGGACCCAAAUCUUCUUAGACAGUUGCUUCCUGCUUUGCAAACCAUGCUGCAGCUCAAUAAUUCUAACAUGGACAUAUCCAAAAUAAAUGAAGUUCUUACAGCAGCUGUGACACAAGCUUCACUGCAGUCUAUAAUUCAUAAGUUUCUUACUGCUGGACCAUCUGCUUUCAACAUCACAUCUCUAAUUUCUCAAGCUGCUCAGCUCUCUAAACAAGCCCAGCCAUCAAAUCAGUCUCCCAUGUCUUUAACAUCUGAUGCCUCAUCCCCAAGAUCUUAUGUGUCUCCAAGGAUAAGCACACCUCAGGCUAACACAGUCCCUAUCAAACCUUUGAUUAGUACUCUUCCUGUUUCACCACAGCCAAAGGUUAGUACUCCAGUAGUUAAGCAAGGACCAGUGUCACAAUCGGCCACACAGCAGCCCAUAACUGCUGACAAACAGCAGGUUCAUGAACCCGUCUCUCCUCGAAGUCUUCAGCGCUCCAGUAGCCAGAGAAGCCCAUCACCUGGUCCAAAUCAUACUUCGAACAGUAACGCAUCAAAUGCAGCAGUUGUCCCACAGAACUCAUCCCGCCCCACGUGUUCCUUAACACCUACACUGGCAGCACACUUGAGUGAUCUCAUAAAGCACGUUCAGGGCUGGCCUGCAGACCAUGCGGAGAAACGGGCAUCGAGAUUGCGUGAAGAAGCCCAUCACAUGGGAAGCGUUCACAUGUCAGAAAUUUGUUCUGAAUUAAAAAACCUAAGAUCUCUAGUCCGAGUAUGUGAAAUUCAAGCAACUUUGCGAGAGCAAAGGAUACUGUUUCUGAGACAACAAAUUAAGGAACUUGAAAAGCUAAAAAAUCAGAAUUCCUUUAUGGUGUGAAGAUGUGAAUAAUUUCACAUGGUUUUGAGUACAGAAACUACAAAUCU